AUGAACAACGGUUCGACUUCAUCUGCUCUGCUCUGGCUCGUCUUCGCACUUCAAGCCGUGUGUCAAAGGGCUCGUAAGUUCUAUUGAUUGAUGCCUUAAAAAUAGUUACUGGUCUUACAGGGGCAUUUUUACGGUAGAUUGUGCAUCUCGGAGAAAAUCCACGCAAACCUGCACAAUAGGCUAUUAUUGUAUGCCUUAUGUUUUAAACGUAUUGCAUUUUGAUGGCAAAUGUUACAUGCAUAGCAGUGCCGAAUGCAGUCAGUCACGCAUGCUGCCUAAACGUGAAAAGCCGAUUAAAAUUUCCUAUGUUAUGGACUGAUCUCUACCAGUCGCAUUGAUGGUAAAUGAGCCACGCAAAAUAGGUAAAACAGACAAAAGUUACGGAUGGUUCCAUUUCAAGCCGCGCAAAUAUGCUAUGCCGAGGAUAAUAUUGUCGAUCCUUAACAGUACAAAUCACAUUGUCUCUGUUUCACGCUUAUCGAUUGGAAGCUUGUGGGCUGAAGUUCCCAAGUCAGGCGAAUAAGGAUUUAUAGAGGAGCAAGUAGCUUUUACUCUUUCUAACGAAUAACACAUGUAAAUACACAGAAUACGAAGACGUUUAAUGACGAGGACGUCAUAUUGGUGUGUUCUUAUAACCCUCGUUUUGUACAUUUAGACGCUAUUCCUGCCGUGUGCAAUUACACUUAUCCGUAUAUCACAAAGGAAUCUGGUCCGCUUAACAUAACCGUAUUAACUGCAAAAGAGCCAAAUGUAAGUUUUAACUAGUUUUUUAGAAAAUAUGUUGGUCAAUAAAUACUUAUUAUUUUGCCUUAUACGACACCGUUAGCUGGGCUGAGUUUUUUUGAACAAUAUUCAUCCAAAAACACCACGAGCUAAAUCAAAUGAUGUAAUAGAAUUUAUGACUGAGGCAGUGUCUACAUCAUGCGCCACGGCAGGUUUAACAAAGAAUCAAAUUUGUAAAAUGAACUACGUCUAGCGUUGUGGGAAAAUGCGCUAUCUCUCGAUAUCUGAUCAACCAGAUUUGAGAAAUACCAUUCUCUCUUUUCGACAUGCAUUCCAGAGUUGACGUUUUCUGUAGCAGAUCAACGGUACUGUGGAACUAGCCUGACAGAAGAGAGUACAUGUCAAAGUUAACACAUUCUUGCAACGCACACACUGACGUUGCUUAUGUAUAGCCUUAGUAGCUCAAAUUCGUUUGGGAGUGCUUCGUCUGAAUGGAUCAGCGAACGUUCUGAUGUAUGCCUGCUUGGGAGGGGUAUAUUUUUCCCGUUAGACUUUUUUCAAAACCUUGAUGCUAAAUUCAGCUUAAAAUGAUAAAAACGUUUAACAUCUGCCCGCUUGCUCUCGAGUUGAUUAAUUACCUGCGUUGCACGGACGGGAAAUCCCUUGUCAAUCAAGAGCCGUCAAACAUACAUCCAUUUUAACUCUUUUGUUUCAUAAAAUUCGCCCUUAACUGCCCAUGUUAUUCAGGAAAUAAGGAUUCACCAAAGAAAAGAAUCAUAUUUGAUCAAAAAUGGCAUGUGCGUUGACAGACUUGGUGUGAAGCCCUCGUUUCCUUGUCCCUACGUCUGCGGUAAGAAGACUCAAAUGCGUAGUAUAUUUUCUAUUUAUCCUUUGUACCUUGUUUUUCAAAUGCAUUUCCUAAGCCGUGCUUAUUUGAUAAAAAGACAAACCGGCAGGCUGUAGGAGGUUCCAAAACCGUGAUUGUCUGUUACGAAAAUUGUGUGAUGUCCAUUUCUGCCCGUAAAGGAUAACUGACUGAAAUGCUAUGCAUAUGCGACAAUGUUGGGCGUCCAAACAAUAACGUCUGAUUAAUACCUCCAUAUGUGAUCACUGUACCUUACUUAUGCAUUCUCUGGGCAUUUGUAAGACGGAGCAGGUUUAGCCUGUUGUGAUUAAUCCUAUACCCCUGAAACCCAAACAUAUUGAACAAUUGUGGUCUAAUGUCUCGUUUGCUCUAAAUAGUGUUACAACUAAACCUGUAACUUCAAAUGCCUGCAGUAAUAAACCGCAUAAGGGCUGAGUUCCAUAUUCUGUCUGCAGUGUGAAAUACAAUAUUUCAGUUCAUUAGAGACGGCAAACGACAAAUGCGUUUUUUCAAUCAUUACAUUACAAAGGACUCGUUGGCCUUGAAACAAAUACCCUUGACGGUUUCACAAUACACUCUAAUCUUUAAAAAACAUGCUGAUGCGCAGUCCACUUGAACAAUCAGCUAAAAUAGCAAAUCUGCGCUUCAUCUUAAUCCAUACAGUUAAUAAAAUAACCGAAAAAUUUAAUUGAAGUCACAUUCCGCCAUCCGUAUUCAGACUCGAUGAUAAACAAGAAACGCCUCUGAAUACUCCAAAAGUCGUCUGCCAACAACGCAUACUGGUAAUUAUUUUUUAGUUGUAGCGUUCACCCGGAAGGCAGCAAGAACGAUAACAAUGACCGCGCAAGCAAUACAGAGACUACUACCGUCGACACGAAUUUGGACAGAUGUAGCUACGAUGUGACUUAUGUAGUUCAGGCUAUAAUGAACUUAACCAUCAGCAGAAACCAGAAGCGCAUCUGAGCAAAUACGUACAAAACGAGCGCAUCAAUCACCAUACAUGCAACUUUAAACGAAUAACGUGGCAACGAGCGAACAGUAAUCAAAAAGACGUCUUGACAACAGAAGACGAGUCCUUGUCACAUUAUUUGGCCUAUCAUUAAGCAGUGUUCGCAAACUACGGAUUUGCGCGCAAUGUGUGAGGACUGAUACGUGGCUGCUUAAAUCCGUUUUUGAAAAACCAGAUUACGUAAUACAUGUUCGAGACCGUCAGGAUUAAUCACGUUUGCAGAUUAUUAGCGUAAACCAACGCAUAUAAUUAAAACAAGAUGGCGCGACAUUUUAUAUUGCUCUGCGGCUCAAUUCUGAUGCUCUGCAGCCGUUCAGCAACGAUCGGUUUGUCCGAAAAAUUAAUGAGACAACGAUACAAAUCCUUUGCAUGUUACGUGCGUCGGUUUUCACUUAUUCGCAUUAUGCAUAUGCGGAAGAUGUAGUAAAGAAAGGCUGGCUGCAUAUGUCUACUGCAAAAGAUGUCAAUAACGGUGUAUAAGACGACUGACUUGCUUUUUCUUUUGUCUAUUUUCACAGAGACACAUUUUUGCUUCCUGACCAUCCAAAUGGCCGAGGUAAGCGGAGUGGACGCAAUCUACUUGUAUUCCCACUCCUAUGAGCAUAUAGGAGGCGUGUACAGAGAAACGGGAAUUUACGCAAGAGAAAGUGAGUGUACUAGCUAGGUCCUCUUUAACAAGACCGUUCUUUACUUAAAUCUAUCUUCGCGAGUACUUUGGCCUUUAAAUUUACACAACCGAAAUUCGGAGUAGAUUUAAAGGCAAAUUCAUGCGCACGUUUGCACAUUAAUGCAAAUCGUGACUAUAUUGUUUUUGCCUACGUUAAUUAUAAAAUAAACAAUACUUCAAUUUUAAUUUCCUUAGAUGCGUAGGCUCGUGAACCAUCAUGUUUUUGCUUUACAAUUAACAUUUUGUCCGCAUUUCCUUGCAGGUCACUUUGAUCUACAAGGGCCCGUUGUGCACUGCGUAAACGUGCAGGAUUUCGAGAUUACCUGGAGAGUAAGAAAACCAGCAGGCGUUGAUGUGGUAUGCACCUUUAAAUUUUGCCUAUGUUAAAGCCCGGUACACGCGGUAGACGAAAAAGGCAUUUUUCAGAUACGUUAAAACUAAGAGGAUCAUUCUCCUUAUAACAUAUUUUCAUGUCUUUGCCUGACAUUAACCACAUACCACACGCUCUCUUUUACCCAACAACUGGAUUUGUCUAAAGAUGUCAUGCGCAUAUCAUGGAUCAUUUGAUUUGCGUUAUGCGAAUCUAGAAGGUAAUGAUUUUGUCUACCAAACCAUUUAUUUUUCAUAUUUUAUUUUUAAAGCAUAGGGUUCUCAUAAGUGCACUUCAGUAAUUUCUAGAACUCAUGAAUUUUGCCAAAGAUCAACAAAUUAAAAAAGCUACAAGCCAACGAAAUUUUUUUAAACUCCCGGAAACCUGUAUUUACGUGUUUGUCAAAACACCAGCCACUGCCGUCUUUAGUUAUCAUGCAUAAAUAUGUUGACAUAGCAAUAAUAGUCGGGUGUUUCUGCAUUCCGAUAUUAAUUUUCGCGCAUUCGUAGCGUUGUUAAAAAUUAUGCCGAUAAUGGGUCGAAGACAGGUAGUAAGCGGAAAAUAAAAAAUACGAUAAAUAAAGUAAGGCAACAGUAUGUACGAGUUUAAGCAAAUCCGUCUAAACAAGAACAAAUAAUAAAAUAGCGGCCCUUGUAGACGCACCAACCGGGAGUCUUAAUCACCGACGACAAUUUUUUUCUGGAAUGAUUUUUAUAAGUUGUUUUAACGCAUUCGCCUCUUGCAGUUAUUGACCUCAUAUAAUUUAUAUACCUAGAUAAUUUGCUAUCUAUAUGCUCCGGCUGUGUCUACGUAGUAUGAUGUGGACGUGCCUCAUACAGAGUCAAAUUAAACUAUAUUUGUCAGAAAAAUCAUGGCGGUCCUCAUAGCGGAUGCAAUUUUAAAAUGUGUACUAAUCAGGCACAUAGCAUGUAAAGCGCAUAACAACGACAGAGUUAUUUAUGUGUUCGCAUCCAGCAGCAGAAUUGAUGCGGAGCAGUGCGUCUCACUUGUUGCAUUGAUUCCAAAAGUCACCUGACGUGCUAAUGCUAAUGCCAUUUGCCUUUAGUUACCAUUUCUUUAUUACAAGAAGACAUCUAAGUUUUGAUUUUGAUGAGGUAAAUUCUAUGGCACUUCCCUAGUAUUAUAAUGGGACAAUGCUGAUAUUGAUGUGAAAUAAGCCGCACACAAUUAGAAUGCAUAGAGCUUUAUAUGAGUGAUAACAAGUGGAUUCUGAGACGUCCUGCGCGUACCUGCAGGCAGGCCCUGCUUGUCAUGUGCAUGAAAAAUUGCCUUACCUCACUAAGCACCAGCUUUCGAAAUGGAUAGCACAAAUGCAUGAUACUUAUUUCUGCCAAUAUUUGUUCUUAACGUAACACGCCUGUGCUUACCAAGUUUAUAUUUAUGAGCGAACUGAAGUUAUGAUUGUGUGUUAAACUUGGACUAAAAAUUACCAACGUACUCUUUAAUCUCAGGUCAAUUAAAAAUAUAUGUCUUUAUAUCCUUUUUCAUUGUCUUCUGUCAAUAGCAACCUUGUUUAAAAAUACGCACGAUGUUUGUUUUAGAAGUAGUUCUCUUUUGCGUCAAUAAAGAUCAAAUAUUAGCCUGGAUAUUUUAGAAACCACGGAACUUCAGACUGUUACUGUGGCCACUUCCUUUCGAAAUGAAGCUUUUAAGGGAUUCACCUGCUGGAUAA